CUCAGCCCUAGUACGUAGAGGAAAUAAAGAGAGACAGGAGUGCCUCAGAGUAAGAGAACGAGCGAUCAGCGGUGAGUCCGCUAAAGUUGUUGUUCUUAUGUUUUCCUUCGUUAUAGAACAAGGCUUUUUUUUUCUGAGAGUGAAAUGGUUUUUUUCGAGAAAGAGGCUCAUUCGCCAUGAGGCAUCAAGCGACGUUUUUUGACGAACAGAGUCAUAAUUUUUUUCCUAACUCACAGCUGAACAAGCAUGCAAAUGUAAUGCCUGUUUCUUUUUUUCCGGAAUGAAUCAUUUGUUAUGUAAAACGAAAUGAAAGCAGGUUCUAUACUGGAUCGUGUUUUUUGUUGUGAAAGUUUAGUUACAUGUUGAGCAAGUCUUCCCUCAGACUGAAGUGUGUCACUAAGACGAAGAGAUCGCGAGGGAUCGAGAGCGAGCAAUUGUAUGCGUCACGUGUCUACUCCUGUUGCACCAAAAAUGUACAACAGUGAGAAAAAGGGAUCCCUUUUGACGACCGAAGAGUUUUUUUACUCUGAGUCUGGUAGUUCCAACCUGCAUUUUUUUUAGGGCAUCCUAUGGACGGCGAGUCGUUUCUUAUCCUCUCCUCUCCGAUCGUAGUAGUAACAGAUCUUUUCUUAGACGCUCCACCCGCGAUCUACGUCCUUCUUUCUAAAGUAAUCGUCUAAAGUGAGCCACUACCUCCUUUUUCUAAAGUAUAGUCUGAAAUUUUGAAGUAAUCAUAAUCUAGAGCCCAGACAUCAACAUGCAUCGUAUUGAAGCAGUGGCUGGUCAGGUGACCGGCGGCCAUGCAUCCGCGAAAAUUGGCGUUAAGGCUGACACCGAUGCCGUGAUCUGUUGCGCAGUCCGAACAGCACUUGGAAAAAGCAAAAAAGGAAGCUUUAAGGUACUCAACUUUUUUUUAUGUAGUAUAUUACUUGUUGCCUGCGAUCUCCGUUGCUAGUUCUCGAUCUACGGGUAAGGAGCGGCAACGCUCCAAAUAUUGAGCUAGUCCGAGUAUGUAAGUAAGAUGAAGAAGAAGCGCUUUCGUUUUUUAGAUACAUACUACGCUCAUUUCUUGUCUCUCUUUUCAAAAAGUGGACGUUUUUUCUCUCUCACAAUGACAAAGCCUGUCUUGUCCAUCAACUACUGGCCCGAGUACAAGUACCGAACAAGGAGAUCUUUGAUAUAACCCAUAGAUACUGAAGUUUUUUGGCACUGGAGUGAGUUUGCGUUUAUGUAGGUACUUUUGUUUGAUGGUACAUGUCAUAGGUACUGGAAGGAUUGAAUGAACUAUCAUACUGGAUUUGUCAGAAUAUUAAAGAAGUUGCUGCAGUUAUAUCAAUUGAAGUUGAUUUUUAGUUAAUCAACUUAUCGAGGUAUGAUGGCCUUUGACAGAUUUGAUUUUCUGACAAUUUCAGGACACCCCUCCAGAGGAGUUGUUGGCUGCUUGCUACGAAGGCAUCGUGAAGAAGACGAAUAUAAAUCCAGCAUUGAUCCAGGAUGCUCAGAUUUUAUGGCAACAUAAUAGAUUUUGGGAAUAAUGAUAUGAUGUUUAGGGUGCAGGUAUCCGUAUCUUUCUCCCGGAAGAGGAAGAAGUGUCACAUUUUGAUACAAGGGCAUGAUUUUUAAAGAACUAGUACACUGUCGUCCGGGAAGAGGAAGUAUCACGUUUAUUUAGUACAAGAACAAGGGCACAACACAACACUGACUACGUGCAAGAAGCUUCAGGUCGCUUCUAAGACAAGGCAACGUUCUCCAAGCGGGUGCAGGCGCUAUGUCAGCCAGGAUUGCGCAGUUUAUGGCCAAAUACCCAAGCAAUACUUCGGUACUUUUGUUAAUACUGGAAUAAUUGCUUCUCAAAUAGAAAUAGAAUAAACAGUACCUUUAAGCAAUGGACCCCGGAUUAUAAGCCCAUAAACCCUUCACUCUUCAGGUUUUUGGAUCACUUAUAUUCUUUGAUAGAUUUUCUCACGUUGCGUCUUGUGUCUUCUCUUCUGAGGGUGCAGAGCAUCGCAUAGUCUAGGUGCUGGUAUGCUAGCCAGCGAUGGACUUCAUGGAAUGGAAUAUACUUUGCUACUUGAAAGUAUGGAAUAUGAAUGAGAACUGUAUCUGUAAUAUCUCUCUGUGCAACAGGGUUUUCAAUUCUGUACGGUUGACAAGAUUUUUAUUCAGAAUGAGGACCUUUUUUCACAUUCUCCCUUUACCACUUUCUUCCGUCCACUGUCUCCCUUUCCCUCUAGGCUGUCGCAGUGAACCGACAGUGUUCGAGUGGGCUCCAGACGAUUGCCAACGUCAGCGCUGCUAUUAACGCUGGCCAUUACGACAUCGCCAUCGCAGGUGGUGUUGAGAGCAUGAGCAUGAACAACAUGAUGGAUACCAUAGAUCCGAGAAAGCUGUCUGAGUUAAGACUUCUUGUUGUACUGUUUGUUAGAUAGUUCAGGAGGGUUGCUACUCAUUCUUCAGUGAUUUGUUAGAUAGUUUUUACACUUGUUGUUAUUUUCAAGAAACUGUCAAAAACAAAAACUGGUGAUUGUACUGUUAGUUCAUGUAGUUCCUUAGCAUGUGUCCUGAAACAAGUGUGUCGUGAAGUAAAUACUUAAUCACAUUUACAACUUGGACCUGCACACCUCCCUUCUCUAGAACUACUUUGAAGGUGAAACCCCUCUAGAACUACAACUACUUCGAAGAUAAAAUAUCUGUAGCUACAACCUAAUAAACCUACUGCUCUAGUAUACUUGCCCGUCUUCCUUUCCUCUUUCCUCCUUUUCCUCCUCUUCCCUUUCCCUCCUCUCUCCUUUCCCUCCUCUCUCCCUGUUCUCCUCUCUCCUUUUUCUCCUCUCUCCUUUUCCUCCUCUCUCCUUGUUCUCUCUCCUUUUCCUCCUUCCUUGUAGGUAGUGCUCUAAUUCUGAAGAUUUUCGAUCAUGAAGGUGCACAGAACUGUUUGAUUCCUAUGGGUAUCACAUCCGAGAAUGUGGCAAAAAAGUACGGCGUUAGUCGAGAAGUGCAAGACAAGCUCGCACUCAACAGUCACUUGAAAGCGCUCAAAGCACAAGAAAAUGGUAUAAAUACAAUGACAAUUACUAAUACUAUGUUGUUCUUCUUGUACUUAUAAUGUUGUACUUUUGCUCCACUUGUUCUACUUUUUGAAAGCCUUUUCAAUAAAGUACAAGAGAACUGGAAUUGUAUAAAAAGAUUUCAGGGCGGAAAUCCUAGGCAGUUUGCCGAAUAGAUUCACGCCAUCAAUAAAAACGUCAAUGUCGUACUUUUGCUCCAGCACUUGAUGAAAGCGCUCAAUAACGUAACAAUAGACACCGGAGAAUCAUGACAAGGGACUAUGCAGGAAUCUUGAGGAUGCUUGAUACGUGUAGUUGACGUGUAUCUAAGCAUGAUUAGACAGUAUAUUCUCUGGGUGACCUGUGUCACUGGUUGACUCACAGUCUUAGUGUACUAUUCAAGUGUUUGAUUGAUCUUGAUGGUACAACACCCUAGGUGUGACUGUGAAUGGUUCCGGUAUUUGGUAAUCUGAAUUUGAUCACAAGGGUUCUCUUCUUGUUCUUUUCGUUUGUGAUCCAACUCAGGUUACCAAAAAUACCGGAUCGGAAUCAUUCACAGCCACACCUAGGGUGUUGCGCCAUCAAUCAAAAACUUGAGUACAAUACACGUGCUAGACAAUUUACAUUUUAUUUAACAUUCUAGUACCAAUAGGCCGGCGUGGUGAGAGGCCUUCAAAUCUAUUCAUGCAGCACUUGUACUACUUCGUUCUACUAUGUAUAAUCAUCAAAAACAUAGGUUGGUACGAUGAGGAGAUUAUCCCGGUGGAAGCUACCUUGAAGGACAAGAAGAAGGGAACCGAAACAAAAGUCAUCGUUACCAAGGAUGAAGUUAAGGAAGAUCGUUGAUCAGUACUAGUAGUAUCUACUUGAUCUUCAGCACUAGAAAGGUGGAAGUGAAGAAAGGAAAAAACUAAGAACAGUCCCCCCUCCCUCAUGCACUUAGGUAGCCCCUCUACCUCGCGAAUAGGUACAUCAAUCAAUCAAAUAGUUCCGUACUGGAGAUACUCAAGCCGUGUGACUGCUCAAACAGAUGCCAACAAGUAGUUAGACUAAACUAGAGAGGCUGAAUCUUGAUAGGAUUAAAUGAUCGCCCAAGAUGAACUAGCAUAGGUCUAAUAGAAGGCCACGCCAGGGGAUUAAGCCAGAAGACUUGUCGAAAUUAGGUCCAGCUUUUCAGAAGGGAGGCUGCACGACUGCCGGCAAUUCAAGUCAAACCACGGAUGGUGCGGCUAUGGUGCUCCUAGCAAGCAGGAAAAAAGCAAAGGAGUACUUCUCAGUUCUUUGUUGAACAUGUUGAAUAACAUGUUGACAUUGAGAUUCAGAAAUAUCGCAGUGGUCGUCCGCCUGCGAUAUUUUUAGGUUGACCCACUCCUAUCCUGUCCUAUCCUUUCCUACCCUAUCACGACUUUAAGCAUUCACAAAUUAUAUGUCACUUUAAUAUUGCCCACCAAUUUUAUCCUACUUAAACAAUCAUAUCCUAUCCAAUCCUUGCUUAAACAAUCAUAUCCUACUUAAACAAUCAUAUCCUAUCCAAUGCCAAACCAGGUUUAUAUAUCCUAAAUCGAAUCCUAUGCUAGUAUCACUUUAACUACCAGGUUGGGCCUUCCCAUUAUUGGAAAAUUGGUAUCGUUCUCUGUCGAAGGGUGUGAUCCCGAAAUUAUGGGCAUCGGCCCAGCGGUCGCUAUUCCAAGUGCCCUAAGCAAAGCCGGUCUCACCAUUCAGGAUAUUGAUAUUAUGCUCCUGGACACAUUAUUUAAGAUUUAAUUCUAUAACUUUGUUCUAAGUGUCAACAUUAAGAUACUUCUAUAACUUAACACGUGCGAGACGAUCGGGUCGCGCGCGCAAUAAUAAUAAUAAUAAUAACUUUGUUCUAAGUGAUGUCAUUAAGAUACUUAACUUCUCUGGACAGAUUAAGACAUUAAGAUAACUGCUCUAGAACAAAGUGCUUUUUAAGAUAAUAACUCUAGAGGAGAAAAUUCAAGCAAAUAUCUUUUUACAACUUGAAGGAAAAUAUAUCCUGCUAGAAGCAAAUAUCCAAGGUAGGACUUCAGUUCUAGUGCAACAUGAACAAGACUUACUAGAUUGACUAUGUAAAAGCAUUACUAGGCGUCGUCCAACCUUCAAGAAGUGUAAGUUGGUCGUGGUACUAAUAAAUCUUAAGCACUCACUCUGGUCCUCCACAUCAAACUCCCUAUUAAGAUCAACAUGAUUAGAAAAGCACGACAAGUGCAAGUGCAAGAACUUCUUAACUAAGGGUCCUCCUCCUCGCUAUCCUCAACAUCCACAAAGCACCAGAAGCAUCCUGCCUAUCUUCAAUAUCCAAAAAGCACCACAAGCACCCGCCCUAUCUAUAUUCAAAAAACGCCUCUAUCUCUAUGACGCCCCUAUGGCAGUCUGCACCGAACUUUGUGCGAGAUUCAUGGCAUUGCAGGACUCUCGCAACUACCUCUAAUGUGUUUUUCGAGAUCAACGAAGCUUUUGCAUCGCAGGCGACCUACUGCGUGGAGAAACUCGGAGUCCCUAUGGAUAAGCUGAAUCCGAAGGUACUGUAUUUUUUUCUAAUGUAGUUUCAAUGGAUAAGGAUAAGCUGAAUCCGAGGAAGGUACUAUUUUUUUCUAAUAUUUCAAUGCACUCUACUAUCCACCAUGAUCUUCAUUACAGUACUAACUUUUUUACUCAAUUAUGAUCUAUGAUAGUUGUACCAUCUCACUAGAUUUCUUGAUAUUCUAAGGUCUGCAUGCUUAUGACAGUACCUAUUAUACUCUAUCCAUUUCCAAGAGGAACAAUAUCGUUCAAUAACACUCCCCCUUCCCCUCUUCCUCUUGCUGAAGUUACCCGCCGAGUGGGUAAACUACUACUACUACUACUACUACUACAGGGCGGCGCGAUUGCUUUGGGUCAUCCCUUAGGCGCUACUGGAGCGCGUAUCUGCGCUACCCUUUUUCCGGAAUUGAAGAGGCAAAACAAGAAAUUGGGAGUCAUCUCCAUGUGCAUUGGUACGGGAAUGGGCGCGGCAGGGGUCUUUGAACGCGAAUAAGGUUGUAGUGGAUGCGGUAGUUGGUGCAGCUCCUGGUGCACUUGUUCCUUUAGAGGUUGUAUUUUUGAGUCCUUGAGGUAAGUAGAGGAUUUGAUAGGUGUACAUCUAGAUCAUGUUCAAGCACUGAGUUCUUCGCUUUCAAGCUUAUUUGAGCGUCAAACGGAAAACCCGUCUUUUCCACUGAUGAAGUCUUGCAAAAUUUUCCUCAAACAAAUCAAGUGGUCUAGCAAGUGGCCUGUGGAUAGCUCGUUAUCUGGAAGUAGCAGUGUCGUAGUCCGACAUUCUUAGAAAGAUAACCGAGCAGUACUAGACACCCGUAGACCCUAACACUAAUUAUCAAGGGUAUUAAUUAUGUUGGAACUCUUUAGUGAACCUCGCUGUCCUCCUACAGGUUCUGAUUGAGCAGUAGACACAAGUAGACACAACUAGGUAUCAAGUGUAAGCAGUACUAGUUGCAAAUGGAUAGGAAGCACCUACAUGUGCGUGUAGGUGUACCUGUACGAUGUACGUGUACAACCUCUUAGAAACAACAACAAGAGACCAGCCGUUCUAGGUUCCGCCAAGUGCGUGGCAAUCCGCGCUGGUCCGAACAACAAGUUCUUAUGUUGUACAUGAGAACAGCGAGCUCUUAUUUCGACCUCCUGGCUGCCUCAUGUAUGUAUCAACAAGAAAGGAGCACUUUGCGGCAGUAGUUUUCCACGUCCAGACUUUUUCCAUCUUCCACGUGUAGUCCGUGUACUAGUUUGAAUUCUACUAGUACUAGUACAGAGAGGAUUUUGAUUUUGAUAUUUUCAAGGAUAAGUUAUAUAAAAAUUAAUAUUUUUACAUCUCCAACAACAACAUAUGUAUUCGUCCUAUAGGUAUAGUUAGAAGAAGACAUCUAUUCUUUCAAACGUUUUCAACAUUUAGAAGUAUUUACAGUCUAAGUCUAUUCAAACGUUAUUUUUUACCAUGAACGGGUUCAUGACAUUGCAAUUCAGUCAUCAACAGCGCCAUCGUUGGGGAGGAGCCAUGAUUAUGGAGCCAUGAGUGUGAUUGCAGGUGAUCAGGGAGAUCUUAGGCAAUCUGCCGAAUAGAUUCGCAUCGUCAUGAUUGUGGGUGAUGUAACAACAUUUCCCGUACACGUCUAGAAGCUUACACGUCUACUAGAAGUUGUACCUUCCACCCAAACCUAAGUCUAUUCGUAGACGUGAAAGCAGUGUCCUAGAUAAUCUGAAGAACACAUGGGAAUUUUUUGGAUAGGGAUGUGUUUAUAUUGUUAUAGGGAAGUAGGAACCUGCAAGACCUAUUGUUAGUUCAGCACAACGCGCAUAUCAUUAUUUUUUACCACUCCCGCUCCUGCUGCUACUAGAGAGACAGAAACUCGAUGAACACGACACUGACAGUAUUGAAUACACGACUGUGGAGUGACGGUACCGCAGUGACAAUUUGUCGCUUGACGAAGGUCGAAUAGAGUGGUCCAAGGAAGACCAAC